AUGGCAGAUGCGGAGCCCGCCGCGCCGCCGGCCGAGCUAGCAGCGGAAGCCGCAGCCCCACCGAUCGAAGCUGCGCCGGCGCCUACACCAGCACCUCCAACCAGCAAACCGGCGACUUCACCCAGCAAAGCGUCAUCCCGAACAGCCUCGCGGGCAGCGCUCUCAAAAUCUUCAUCAUCCCGUGCAGCCUCGAAAGCUUCAUUGAAAAGUACAACAUCCAUCGCCAAGCUUUCCGGAAGCGCGAAAGCUAAAAGCAGGGGAUCUGUUAAGGGAAGCACGACCAUAGCACCUCCCGCCACCGAAACCCCUACGCCAGCAGCCCCAGGGCAGCAGGAUGAGCUUCAUGCGACGGUGGAGGAGACUGCGGAAGGCGAGAUGCCGGCCGGAAUCAUGCCGCUGUUUCUGACAGGCAACACGCAGGAUCUUUUCAAAGUGAAGCCCGGGGAGGAUGUGACGCCGGCCAGGCCUUUCAAGCUGGUUCCGAAAGCGGACAUCAUGAGCGAUUUGCAAGCACGUGCUGCUAUUUCCGAUUUCUUUCCGGCGAAGCAGGCGAUCCUGGACUUUCCAGGCGAGGCAAUCUUGGUGCAUCAUGAUGCCAACUUUAAAUGGGGACAGAACUACUACAUUUGCAUUACCCCGGCGGCGAUGGAUCUUAUCAUCAACCCACCAGUAGUGGAAUCAGCAGCAGCAGUGGAGGUCGUUUCGAAUGCACCAACGGUGAAAAAGGUCGUGUCCAAGAAGUGGGAGUCAUAUGGAAGCGAGAAGGAGAUUGACGCGGAGAGGGUCGUCAACAACAGAGAUCUGCUGCAAAUCAAAGUAUCACGUCGGCGUCGACUCUUUGGAGCGCCUUGCAAAUUUAGAGAUCGGGAUGCACAGGAUGGAUUCUCGGAAUGUAAACCUUUCAAAGACCCAACGUACGAUAUUUCACGGAUGGAGCUAUCAACGGCUGUGCAGGCAGUCCCGCAAUUGAUUGAAAAUGCGGUCCAGACGCCAUGGUCCCGCCCACAGAACUUUGCAGUGCAGUACCAGCCUGCUGUGAUGUCGCGCGAACAGCAAGAGCAGCUCAUGUCUUCGACCGAUGUCGAGGAGUUCUUGAAUCAUGUCACUCUUAGAUUCGAAAAAGCCCUGCAGCAGAACAGCACCUUGGACAUCUUCGAAGAUGACUACCAGAACCUCGGCGAAGCGGACGUCGCGUUGGAGCAAGGGGCUCAUUCGUCAUUACAAGAAUAUCAAUCGUUUACAGAUUUGCAGCAUAGCAAAGACAAAUGCAUCUCUGGUGUUGAUUGGCAUCCGCAUAUUAAGGGCGUGGUUGCCGUGUCUUGCGCGGAGAGACUUGCGUUCGCUGAGCGUGUUGAGCGGGGCUUGUUCCAGCGGUCAAGAAAAGCUCUCAUUCUGGUGUGGAGCUUCAACGACCCAAUCCAUCCGCAGCUCAUCCUCGAAGCCCCGGACGACAUCCAGUGUUUCCAAUUUAACCCACAUGACAGCAAUCUCAUUGUAGGCGGUUGCAUCAAUGGACAGGUCAUCCUCUGGGAUAUUACCGAGUAUCAAGACAAGCUCAAGAACACUCGCAAGUCGUCCCGCGAAGAUGUGGCUCAGGGGCAAACGUCUACUUCCGGAACAGAUCCGUUGUUCGAUGGAGUCGGUGGGGAGGAUAAGGAUAAGGCGACGGGUCCGCCCGUCGUGCAAUGUGUGGCGGUAUCGAGUAUUGAGUUUAGCCAUCGAGGGAUAGUGACGGACAUUCAGUGGCUACCAAAGAAUGUGGAGCUCGGGCAUACUGGCGAAAUGGUGGAAAAGGGCGAGAAUGGGCAUCGAGAGUUGGUGACGAGCUCCACCGAUGGGCAGGUAGCCUUCUGGGACACACGAUUCAAGAAGGACCUCAAAUCAUUGGAUCUGGUUUGGAGGCCUUUCUUGCGGGUGCCACUGAGUGCCAUGGACAAUACAUUUGACUACAGUCUGACGAAAAUCAGUAUCAAGAAGCCUCCUACGGACAAAAUGUCCUCAAAUACGGACACAGCGAAACCCGACGAUGGCAGCAACAAGGAAAACAAAGACGGCAAGGACGCCAAAGAUGCCAAAGAGACGCUGUUCAGCUCCAAAUUUUUCUCUGCGACCGAGGAAGGGGACUUGAUAUAUGCGGACUGGAAUGCGGAGAAAUCUACGGAGGACAAAGCGUCAAGAGUCGAACAUGCCGCCAACUACCACUUCGCAGCGGUGACCGACUUACAUCGCUCCCCAUUCUUCCCGGAUAUCCUGCUGAGCGUCGGCGGUUGGUCGUUCCACAUAUGGAAGGAAGGCGUCACUACUGGACCUCUCCUCUCCUCUGCACCGUCUCUGUCCUACCUCGUUGGUGGUCGGUGGAGCCCUACGCGCCCAGGCGUGUUCUACAUUUCCAAAACAGACGGCUCGGUGGAGGUUUGGGAUCUGCUGGACAGGUCUCAUUCGCCGUCGUUUGUGCAGAAUGUAACAGGAUCCGCCAUCUCGUAUAUGUCCAUCCGACAAUAUCCGAGCAAAUCACUGACAUCCAAUCAGUUCGUCGCGGCGGGAGAUGAUGAAGGCACAUUGCACAUUCUUGAAGUUCCACGCAACCUCAUCAAGCCGACUAAGAAUGAGACUACUUUUGUGCGAAGUUUCCUGGAUCGCGAAGUCCGGCGGCUCGGGUACAUCCGCGGCCGAAAAGAGUUCCGAGCGCGUGAACGUGCUGCCUACGAGCAAUCUGCUUUGGAAGCUCCAGGGCAAAAGGGGACAAAAACGGACGGCGACGUCCCAUCCUCCGCACCCGCCCCAUCGUCCACCGCCCCCGCCCCUCCAGCCUCGGCAGGACGACCGGCGUCGGGUGCAUCAAGAGCGUUAACGGCAGCGAGCGGUGGGGAGGAAAAUGAUGAGAAGCGCGAGCAGGAGUAUCUGAAAAUGGAAAGAGCGUUUUUGGAAUUGGAGGGGCUCCUGCCUCCAGCGGAAGAUGUCUGA